UCAUAAAAGACCUUACCCCCAAUUUUAUAAUACAGUAAUAUUGUAUACAAUCAGUUGACUCAAUUACUUAUCAUUUGAGGUUCAGACCCAUGGAAGAGCCUAUCUCCCUCACUCACUAAGUUGAUGGCUUUGUUUGCCUUUAACAUACAUGUACCUUUGUUGUCUCUGCCUGGUUGGUCAGACAAACAAAUACACUUCUGUUGUUUAGGGCACAAUGAGCUUAUGCAUUGCUUGCCAAACACAUUUUAAUAACAUAAUUCUAGCACAUAUCCAUAACUCUUUGUACACCUCCCGUACAUACAACAUGCAAUAAUUUUAAGUAUCAGUGUGGUAUUAGUUUUCCAAUUAUAGGUUAUAUGAGACCUUUUACAUCCAGAUUAUGAUUAUUGUUAGCUGUAGUAUGUCAGGCCUGAUGGGAGCUGCUAACAGAGCACUGAACCACAAAUGGGCAUCUGUGUCACACCGUCCUGUAGUACCAAGCACUAAAGGGAGCAUUUCCCAUGCAGUGUUUCUCUUUUCUCCUCCUUUUUCAUCUCUGUUGUUGGGCUAUUUAAAUUUUGAAAGAAAGGUUUAAUGAUUUAGAUUUAACUUUAUUUCAAACUUAAAUUGUCAGGUCAUCAGUGUAUUAUAUUGUUGCCUAAUUAUCAAAAGGAAAAUCUACUGAAUUAGUGCUCUUGAGGCAAGCGACAGAAGGGGGGCCUGCGAGACUCUCACUUAUUCAGAGGAGUGAGCCUCUGCAAUGGGCUACUGUUUUAUCAAUGCCCUGCAGAUGCUGUACCCUAGGGCCACCUACACUUUUGAGAAAUCUUAUGUUUCUGAGAUAUUUAUAUCCCUUAAACAUGUUUGUUCUACCAACCUCCUGCUGAGCUGCCAUGGGGCAGAGACAGGUACAGCAUUACUGUCUGUGCAAAAGAAUUAUAAACUUUCUGCUUGUAACGCCCAUGUUCAGUUUGGGGCUGUGUGAGCAAGCUAUUUUAAAGAAAUAUUUAUCUGCCAUGAGAAGCUGCUUGCUGAUUGGUUAAUUUCACCAAAAUUAUUUGUUAUGCUUACAGUGCUUUCUCCUAUAGCAAAUGCUGGCCUCUGAUGUCAUAAGUGGAGUAUCUAUGGCAACUUUCAGUGGUACAACUCAUUUUACACUAGGGCUUUACCUCCUUACUUGGUACCUAGGAUUAGAACAGCAAAGAUGAGCAGUUUAGAGUACUUAGCAUAUCCAGUGAUUAUUGCCAAUCACAGGCAGAGUACCACCAUGAAGAAAAAACUGGACAUUGGUGACUAUCUCUCUCACAAGAACAAACUAGAACUCGCAAGACCUCGUGUUGAUAAUAAACCCCCACGUGCACAAACUCACCAUCACUUUAAAAUGAGCAAGAUUCAGGAGGACCAGAAGAGAAUUGGUAGAAUCGAAAGAGAAAACAAACAGCUAGCAGAGAGGUUAGCUACCAUUCAGCGUGGGACCGGGAUGGUGGAUUGCUGGAAUCAAUACUUUCAGAGGAGCUCAAAUAGGGAGAAGCAGAACAGGGAGAUGGUGAGGAUCACUGUUGAAAAUCAGGGGAUUCUGAAGCGACUUGGUGACCCUAAACCUACAUAUGAUCGUAGGAAGUCUGAGAUUGAUUGGCAGAAUUCACGGCACUAUAUCCGGAAUACCACGCGGUAUCUCAUUGCUUCUCGGGAUAGCUAGGAGAAUACACCAGGCAUGGAUAAUACAGCAGAGACUUAGCACAUCUUGAAAGUCUGAUGGCCUGUUAAGGAUACAUAUUACAACUGGCUGAUGUUUUCUUAGGAUUCUAAAAUAAAAUGGAGCAUUGAAUGAAUUCAGUUUUCCUAUAAAAGUGCAACUCUCCACUCCAGCCCCCAAAUCUUCACCACAUACAUGUCUACUUUUGCCAUAAUUUAUUUUGAAUUUACAAACAAAACUGCACCUAAAAAACUCACAUCACAAUUCUCCCAAAUUAAUAAAAAGGCAAUUGUGUUUAACUACAGGGUUUGAUGCCUGCACAGGAUAGAAAUGGAGGCAAAGAUCAUUUAUUACAUGAACCAGACUGCAAAAGACAUUUUAGCUCAGUGUUUGAUACCAAUUUAAACCAUGAGACGUUUUCAGUUAUUGUAAUUUUAAAUAUUUUACAAAAUCUGCACAUUUCCAUUUGUCUUGGUUCUUUUAGCAACUAUUUCCUCUAUUGGGAUCUACUGGACAAUGAAGCAAACUGAAACUAUGUUGUACUUUUACUGCUAUCAUUUUGUAAGUGGUUUGAUAGUAAUUCCUGCAUUGAGUAGAUUUCUGAUGAUAUUAUUUUACAGCACAGAGAAUGCCGUUUCAUCUAACCUACAUCCUUGUCCAUGGUGAUACACAGUAUAUAUAUUUAUCAUGUCUAGCUGGAUUUAUUAAAGCUGUUAGUAAUCUGCAAUAAAUCUA